AUGUCAACAGCAAUAGCCUAUGCAAUGAACUCAACUGCGUAUUACAUUCCAAAAAAGUCAAUUCCUUAGCUGGUCCACAGACACAAGUAAAUUUUAAUCAUAGACUCCUCACAAUCUAUCUCCAAUUUUUCCCAUUCAAGAAUGUGUUAGUUCGAAAUUAGAUGAUUGUUAAAAUGAAUACAUAAAAUGUCCUUAUGGAAACUUUAACAAUUAAAUUAGGAGAUAACCAAAUUGGAACUCCAUCCGGAUAAAGAAGAGAUUUUAUUUCCACAUGCUCCCAAAGUCAACCAUAGACGUACAUAAUUCAUAUAAAAUUAUCACCAAAAUUUCUACUGUAAUGCAUUUUUCACAAUAACAAGAUUCUACAAAUGAUUGAACAUAUUUAUUUAGCUACAUGUUACCCAUAAUAUUUCAGAAAAAUCACAAAAGCUCAGAAAAGCAUGAAAAUGCUGACUUGCAAAAACAGAAUGACUUUCGUGAUAUAGAAGAGAAUGACGUACCCCAGAACUCGUUGGUCAUUGGUUGUUUAUGAAAAAGAAGUUUCGGACAUGGAGAAAAAUAAGCUGCAGACAUCGAAAGUGACGAAAGAGUCCGUAGAAAGUACACGUCGCAUGCUUCAAUUAGUUAACGAGUGCGAGGAUGCUGGGGUAAAUACUUUGCGUAUGCUUCACACCCAAGGAGAGGCACUGAAGCGAACGGAAGGUGCUCUCGAGGACAUUGAUGCCGAUCUUCGGGAUGGAGAAAAGACUUUGAAACGAAUCAGUUUCAUGAACAAAGUUCCCUUAAUUUUCCUGCCAUUAUAUUUGAUGCUCAAAGGAGAGCCUCCCCCGUCACCUCUUCCUCGAAUGGAAGAUCAGUCUCAACGCGACGUGCAACCUAAGAAUCAGAAUCAAAGAAAGCCAGCAAAACAAGGCUCAUCAAAGUCAAUGUGGAGAAGCAGUAAAGGAAAUAUUUCUUUGCCCCUGGAGGAUUUACCUUCCAAACAUGGGGGGUUAUUAGACAAGAAAAAUGACAACACCGACAGAUUUUUUAUGAGAAUUACAGGAGACGAAGAAGAGGACGAAAUAGAGAGUAACUUGAACGUUGUGUCGAAACAUUUGACAGAGUUAAAAGAACACGCAAAGUUAAUGGGCUCAACUGUCAGCACCCAAAACUAUCAAUUAGAUGUCAUUCAUACAAAAGCUGAAAACAAUGAGAGCAAAAUGAUUGGAGUGAGUCAGAAAACUAGGAAACUUUUGGGUGAUUCUUCAGAUUCCUCAAUUUCCUCUUCGCCAAAUUGUUUGAGAUGUGUAAUUAGCUGAGAGAUAACUAGUCUGAAAAAAAUAUCAUUUCAAGUAAAACUAUUAUGCAAUCUUAAGAGUAAGUAAAAUAAAGAUUA